AGCUGCCCCGAGCGCUCCCCGUGGGAGCGUCGAGUCCACCUCGGCCCCGGGACUCCGCGGGGUUGGAGCUCCCGUGUCUCAGAAGGAUUCUCCAUGAACGAGUCACUGUUGUGUGAGAGGAUGGCAGAGCAGGAGCCCACGGCUGAGCAGCUGGCCCAGAUUGCAGCUGAGAAUGAGGAGGAUGAGCACUCAGUCAACUACAAACCGCCGGCCCAGAAGAGCAUCCAGGAGAUCCAGGAGCUGGACAAGGAUGACGAGAGCCUGCGCAAGUACAAGGAGGCUCUGCUGGGCGCUGUCACUGUCACUGCAGAUCCCAAUGCUCCAAACGUGGUGGUGACCAAACUGACCCUGGUCUGUGCCACCGCCCCUGGCCCUCUGGAGCUGGACCUGACAGGUGACCUGGAGAGCUACAAGAAGCAAGCGUUUGUGCUGAAGGAAGGUGUGGAAUACCGGAUAAAAGUCUCCUUCAGGGUCAACAGGGAGAUCGUGUCGGGGCUGAAGUACAUCCAGCACACGUUCCGGAAAGGGGUUAAAAUUGACAAGACCGAGUACAUGGUGGGGAGUUACGGCCCCCGGGCAGAGGAGUAUGAGUUUCUGACCCCCAUGGAGGAGGCCCCCAAGGGCAUGUUGGCCCGGGGCAGCUACAACGUCAAAUCCAAGUUCACAGAUGAUGACAAGACUGACCACCUGUCCUGGGAGUGGAACCUGACCAUCAAGAAGGAUUGGAAAGACUAGCCCUUCCUGAGGCCAAACCCCAGAGAGCGUGAAUCAGACAGUGGCUACCGUAGGAAUCCCCCCCUGUACCAAAGUGCUGACAUUGGAACCCUCUUACCUGUCACCCCCUCGUUAUAAUUUGACCAGAUCUCAGUGUGUAACGUGCCCCCUCCCCAGAGCAUCUCCCAUGUUCCCCUACCCCCUGUGCUGCCUGCGCCUGGUCUCCAGCUGCCCGUCCCAGCCAUGCUGCCCGUGCAGAGGGGGGAGCUCCUGCUCCCUGCCAGGCCCUUGGGCUCCUCCCCUUCGCUGGGGAGGUGCUGGGGGGGCUUCUGCGCAGGGUCCUGUGCUUGUCUCCCUGUGCACAGCUCAGGGUCGCUGCUGCCUCCAGCGGCUGAAGGACCUUGGUGCCAGGCAGCUCCUCAACCCCUUUGUUGGCUAAAAUCAUGUCCAGCCCCUACAUCAGUGUUCUGGGAACGCUGGCAGCUUCAUUUGUGGAUGUUCCCUGUAACCAUGAUGCCUUAAUGUGUAAUGCUUAUCCUCUGGGGAGAGGGCCCUGCCCUCGUUACACUUUUUAAAUGCCACCCACCCCCCUUUGUUGGCAUGGCACCCCUUUGGUCACGCCCCUCAUGGGUUAUUAGGAAAGAUUCACAACUUCCCGCUUUGCUGCUGGUCCGUUCUUCACUCGAGAUGGGACAUCUCCAGAGGGGAGGGUGGUGUGACAUCCCAGGUGACACCUGCCACCCCCGGUGUCCAGAGAGCUCUGGGCGGGGCUGCGGGGUCACCGUGUCACCGUCACCUCACUCCACUGCAGCCACGGGGGCUGCAAAGCACUGAAAUCCUGGGACAGCACCUGCCCUCCCGCCUGCUCCGGGCGGAGGAUGGACUCGUGUUCUGCAGCUGCUCUCCUGAGGCGAUCAACAAAGAGCUUGUGUUGGACAAGUGCUCAGAGCGGUUAAUGCCUUAUGUAUCUGUUCUGCCUUGACAACCUGUGCCUGGCCUGUCAGUAUUUAUUGCCUUGACACUCGCCCCCCGUGCGCCCCGGCCCGCAGCACCCGCCUGCGCCUGGCCACACGGAGCCUGCGAGCCCAGGGCUGGGCUGGCACCUCCAGCUCCUCCUGUUUGAAUCCUCCUGCCCUGAGGUCGUUCUAGAACCGGGACCAAGUACAUGUGGCUUUCUCGUAGCUGCGUCUCUGCCUCUAACUCUCCCCUGCCCUGCCCCUAGAGAGAUUUUUGUUAAAUUGAUUUGGUGCGUAUUGUCUGUAAAUCCGAGACCCGGGUUAACAGGUUUGGAAUCAUCGUCUGCUUCUUCUUUUAUGACAGUUAAAUAAAAUCUUUGAACUGAC